AGAUAUUUUCAGUGCGAAAAAUGGCAAGAAACAAGAGAAAGAACAUGAAGGAUAAAAGCAAAUUCAAAGCUCUUAGAAUUGAAGCAAAGAAGCGGUGGCGAAACAAAAAGGCGGAAGAAAAACGCCUCAAGCACGCAGUCGAGCAAGCCGCGUCAGAAAAAAGUCCUGUCGCUGUUGGUGAAGCCGGGGAACCCAAUCCUGCAGCUGCCCUCAUUCAACCCGAUAAGCCAUCGGUAAGCCGUCCUCUAGAGCAACAGGAGCAAGUCCAGGUACGGAUGGAUAAAGCUGCUGGACAUGAAGAAUUCGCCAACGUGAAACAAACGUCAGACGAAUUAAUCAAACAAAUUAAUCCCACGGAGAUAGUCAAUGCCAACAAGUUCUUGGGCUCUGGUACCUUCGGCACAUGCCAUCUUGCCCACUACAGAGGAAUUUUAGUGGCAGUGAAGGAAUUCAAGUCAAGACGAUCAAGGCCCGACAAAGAUGUGAAACGCGAGGUUCUAAACGAGGCCCGAAUGAUAAGUCACUUGGGUGACCACCGUGGACUCCCCUUGCUUUUUGGAGUUAUCACGAAGUCAACGCCAUUUCGUCUUGUAACUCAGUUCCAUGGGGACAAGAUACAAAGUUUAACGCUUUACAAGGCCAUGAAAAGAGUGGAGCUGGACAAGCCAUGCUGGCUUCGCAUCUUACGAGGCAUUAUCGAGGCCCUUAGCCAUGUCCACAGCAAGGACAUUUUGCACAACGACUUAAAGUCAAACAAUAUUGUACUCGAAAAACGUGGGAAAGAUUGGAAUCCAGUAAUCAUUGAUUUCGGGAAAGCGCGUUUCAUUUCCAAUCCUAAAGCACUAAUGUCCUUGUCUGCGUCUGCACAAGAGCAGUACCGGCGUUCAUAUCCUCACAUCGCACCGGAAAUCGUCCGCGGAGAAAGCCGACAGAGUGUACAGUCAGAUGUGUUUAGUAUUGGAAGGAUUGCUCUUGCCAUUUUAAAUUUGUUGCCAACUGCAACAGCGCUUUCGCUGAAAGCAGCAAAGCAAGCUAUUUUAGACAAUCCAGCUAAGCGGCCAAGUUUGGAGGAACUUUUGCUGCACUGUUGACACUAGUUUUAGAUUCUUUUUGUUUUCUCGGGCAACUAGACAUUAACUUUGGUGUUUGCCGUUUCCUUUUUAUCCGUGUAGGAUCAAGCAGUUCCCACCUUAAGGUCACUUACAUGUAGCCUCAUGCGAUCCGAAACGUUUUUGUGGGUUUCAAGCUAACGAAACACGCCGGGCUCAAUGUUAAAUAAAUAUUAUGCCCAGCGGAACUAAUUAGUCGGUUCUAGUUCAUAAUACGUAAAAUAAUUUGUAUAUUUAUAAAGAUUUUGAAAAUAGUGUUUCUAGCCUUACGCGAUUCGAUAAGUUUCGUGGGUUUUAUGCUGACGAAACAUGCCGGGCUCAGCCCAUCAGACUAAUCAGAACCUUUAGCCAGUUUCACGGCGUUUUAAUUCGGUUCUUUAACGUUCUACGUCAGUUUAAGUCGGUUCUAGUUCAUUAUAUUUAAAAUUAUGUCUAUUUUGUAUAUAUAUUUUGGUGAGAUAAGUUUUUAUUUCUUUCAAGUCCAGAGGGCACUUUGUCAAGUCUCUCGCUGAUUGCGUGGAUGUUUACGUGUCUUUAGGCUAUUUGAGGCUGGCCAGCUAUACGGGCAUGAAGCCAAACGGUUGUGUUAAGUUUUUCACACGUCAUUAUUGUGAAUAAAAUGUCAUCAGAAAUGUC